GAACAGGCCAAGAACCUGUCUCAAAAAAUAAAAUAUAACAUAAACACAUAAAAACUGUGAUGUGUUCCUACUGCAAUCAGAAUAAAACUAAAUUUCACUCAGCAAAAAAAUUUUGAACACCUACAUUAAGGCACUGCUCAAUAGGAAAGGACAAAAAUAUUUGUCUUAAUGAAGAUUGUAUUUUAGUGAGAGGAAACGAGACAAUAACACCAUUAAAAAAGUUAAGUCAGAAAAAAAGGGCAUUGGAGGAAAAAAUAGGAAAGAGUGAUGGGUAAGGUUCAGGAUGUAAUGUCUUAAAUUAUUCACGUGCUCUGGCUUCACCUAACUACAAGUCCUAUGUUACCAUGUAUUUCAGUCCCUUACAUGCAAUACGCUUUCCUCUUCUCUGGGCCAUUGCAGGUGAUGUUUUCCUCUGCCUGAGUCCUUUCUUCCUUGUUUCAGCUCAAAAACUCCUUCCUUUGGGAAAACAUCCCACACUCGGCCAUAUUUGUAUUCUAGGCUCCCGCGGCACCAUGCUUCUCGCCUUCAAACACCACUCAUAUUUUGACUUUGUAUCUCCCUGGUAUUUAUUGUUUACAACGUCAUGUAAACUCCAUGAGUGCACAGGCAUGACCUGUUUCGCUCCCCGUGAACCCCGCGCCUACUUAAGACAGGGCCGGGUCCUACCCGCCCAACACGCCGAGAACCGGAAGUGUUGCGUUCGAGCCGGACGACCGGAGGAGGGAACCGCCGCACACAGGAAAACCGGAAAUAAACCGUUCCUGUCCGGAAGCCCUGAGAGGGAAACGCCUGCAAAGGCUGCCGGGAAGCGUGGUUUCUAAGUGGGCGCGUCUUUUCACUUGGAGUAAUUGCGCGUGCGCUGCCUCCGUCAGCCCGACCCGGGAACAUGGCCGUGCGGUCGCUGUGGGCGGUCCGGCGGCGGGGACGGCGCCUCCUGGCCUUGAGCACAGCGUGGGAGAGCAGGGGCUGGCUACUUCCAUUCAGCACCGCCACCCAGAGAACUGCUGGUGAGGACUGCAGUUCCGAGGACCCCCCUGAUGAGCUUGGGCCCUCCCUUGCUGAACGAGCCUUAAGGAUAAAAGCUGUUAAACUGGAGAAGGAAGUCCAAGAUUUAACAGUGAGAUACCAGAGAGCUGUAGCUGACUGUGAAAACAUAAAGAGGCGAACCCAGAGAUGUGUGGAAGACGCCAAGAUAUUUGGAAUCCAGAGUUUCUGUAAGGACUUGGUGGAGGUGGCAGACAUCCUGGAGAAGACUACAGAGUGCAUUUCUGAAGAAUCAGAGCCUGGGGACCAGAAGCUCACUUUGGAGAAGGUCUUCCGAGGGUUGUCACUUUUAGAAGCAAAGCUGAAGAGUGUGUUUGCCAAGCAUGGCCUGGAGAAGCUAACACCCAUUGGUGACAAAUAUGACCCUCAUCAGCAUGAACUCAUCUGUCAUGUGCCAGCUGGUGUUGGGGUGCAGCCUGGCACCGUGGCGUUAGUAAGGCAAGACGGCUAUAAACUUCAUGGCCGAACCAUUAGACUUGCCCAGGUAGAAGUGGCAGUGGAGUCUCAGAGAAGACUUUGAACAGGCCAUCAUCAGGAACUGACUGUUCUCCCAGAGUGCAGUCACCUGCCUUUCUUUUAUUUAUUAAACUAGGUUUGUAUUGUACAUGAAGUACUUCAUGUGAUAUGCUUUGAAUUUAGUCAUAUUGGCUUUAUUUAUAACAUAUUCUAUUGAUUUAAUGUGACCUGUUUGGUCUCAUCAGAAGUCUUGCCAUUGGGCAUUUGAACAAUGUCACAAGUGUUCUUGUGGCCUUUGUCAAAAUAUGUUUAGGAAAAUUAAUUUGGUACUCUGAUGACUUUGAAUCCAAAUUCCU